UUCUCCCUGUUUACCGGGGAUGGGUUGUGACUUGUACUAAAUAUUCAAAAUGGCGGACAGAGGCUCAGCGAGUCAAGAUGAGCGCUUGAGAGCAGAUUCGACAAGCGCAGCAAGAGAAUCCAGUAAAUCUGCCAUGGAGAAUGGAAUACAUGGAGUCCAAGCUGCUCAAACAAACGGGCUGGACUCGCAGCAGAAACCAAACGGACAAGCAACAAGUGCAAUCAGCAACAUGCAGGCACAAGCCUUGCUCCAGCAGUUGAGUCUGAGUUCAGCGCAGCAGCAGCAGUUGUUUCUGCAGCAGGCUCAGCAGAUCCUGGCAGCCGCUGUGCAGCAGCAGCAGACAGCAAACCAGCAGAGCAGCACCACUGGAGCCAACAUCUCUGCAUCUGCUGCUACACCCAUCACGCAGAUCCCCCUCUCUCAGCCUAUCCAGAUCGCACACCAGCUGCAGCCGACGGGUCUUAACCUGCAGCAGUUCGUGUUGGUGCAGCCGGGACAGCUUCAGCCUGCUCAGUUUAUCAUCUCCCCUUCACCUCAAGGCCAGACUGGCCUUCUUCAAGGCCUUCAAGCCCAGAAUCUUCUGACACAACUACCUCAAAGUCAAGCCCACAUCCUGCAGCCUCAGUCCAGCAUUGCUCUGACUACACAGGCAGCGACACCUACACGAAAGAUAGCUGCCAUGCCAUCUGCUGCGCCAACCACAACGAAGCGGGUGGAUGUUCCUCUAGUGGAGGAGGCCAGUGAACUGGAGGAGCUAGAGCAGUUUGCCAAGGCCUUUAAACAGAGAAGGAUUAAACUGGGCUUUACUCAGGGAGACGUUGGCUUGGCCAUGGGAAAGCUGUACGGGAACGACUUUAGCCAGACCACCAUCUCCCGUUUUGAGGCUUUGAACUUGAGCUUCAAGAACAUGUGCAAGCUCAAACCUCUGCUGGAGAAGUGGCUCAAUGACGCAGAAAACAUGACUUCAGAAUCUGCAGUUUCCAGCCCCAGCGACAUGUCCCCAGGCAUUUGUGAGGGUCUAAAUCGACGCCGUAAGAAAAGAACCAGCAUUGAUACCAACAUUCGCAUUGCCUUGGAGAAAAGCUUUCUGGAGCAGAGCCAAAAGCCUACCUCUGAGGAGAUAACAAUGAUCGCAGAUCAGCUCAACAUGGAAAAGGAGGUGGUGAGAGUGUGGUUCUGUAACCGCCGGCAGAAGGAGAAGAGGAUCAACCCCCCGAGCAGCAGCACAUCCAACACCCCCAUCAAAACCGUCUUUACCAACUCCUCCCCGUCAGUGAUAUCCAGUUCAUCAAACACACUGAAUGCCAGUUCAGCACUCUCUCUCAGCACUGCCUCUGUUCCAAACUUCACACUUGCUGGUACAACUCUAGGACCAGUCACCUCAAACACUGCAACAGUCAUCUCUUUGGCACCCGCUGUCGCCACUCCAGCUCCGACUAUGACGUCCCCGUCGCUUACUCCCUCUGCUACAGUAGCAACUCUGACCGCUACAAAACAGGAAGUGGUCAGGACAACAGAGACUGGUUCCACCAUUGCAACAUCAGCUGCACAGGGGCCUGGGCAGUUUGUCAUGUCUCCGGCAGGGCUAGGUGGAGCAAAUCUGGCAGCCAUGGCGGCUGCAGCAGGACUUAACCCAGGGAUUAUUUCACCCUCCCAGCUAACACAGGGGGGAGCAUUGUUAAGCUUAGCUCCAGCAUCUCUUGGCAAUGCUCUGACUCCUACAGCACUGAUGAACAACACCACACUGGCCACUAUUCAGGCUCUUGCAUCUGGGGGGGCGUUACCCAUAACCUCUUUUGAUGGAAACGGCAACGUGCUCUUUGCCAACACCAGCGCAGGAGGUCCCAUUCUGUUCAACUCACCCCUGUCUCUGCUUCCCACCGGUGUGCUUUCAGCGGGCGGAGCUGGGGGCGGGGCUCUCAACCUACAGGUUACUGGUGAUGCGCACCAGAGCGCUAUGCCAGUCAAAAGCAUCACUGUGGCCUCCAAGGCGCAAUGAACACGUUUUGCUUCUUCCCUCGCUCUUUAGACUUUAUUUAAUCCCUUUGCUACUACCAAAUAUUGAGACGUUUUAUUAUAACUACGAAUUUUUAUCCUUGCGCCAGGAGACUUUGUUACUUUUUUUGGACAAUCCAACUGUCUGUCUUCUCAGUCGUUUUAAAGCCUUCAUGGAAACUAUUUGAUGAUAUAGUUGUACUGAUUUUGGAGCAUGCUGAGGAAGCAGUUGGAAUCCUUCUUGACUUUAUUUUUGCAUGGGUUGUGGGAUUUUUUUUUUUUUUUUUUUUUUUUCUUCCUGAAUUCAAACUUUUUAAAAAAAAAAAUUUUAAAAAAAAGAAAGAAAAGAAAAAAAAAACCACACAAAAAAAAGAAAUGUUUGACUGAACCAAAAAUGUGAGCUUUUGAUAUCACGUUAAUCGUCCUUUAAAUGAGAUUACUGAGCACAAAGGAGUUUCUGUUCACUUCGUGCACGGUUCCUUUUAUUUCUGGGUCUGUUGUGCAGGUCCGUAUUUCAGAUUUAUAACCAAGAUCAUUGCAUAUAUUUUAUGGUUUUAAGUUAGAUAUGUUACUACAAGUUGUGUCUCAGUAGAUGUUUUUAGGAGGCUUUAAAAAAACAAACAAAAAAAAAACAUAUUGUUCUAACUAAUGUAUCACUUUAUGAACACGGUUAGAAGGCUUUAAAACUAGUAAUAAAUCUGAGGCUCUGAUUUAAAGAUGGGUCUCGUUACGAGCAGUGCAAGGAGUCUUUGUUCUGUCCAACUCUUGUCUGCAAACACUGAUCUUACUUUUAGCGGCUUCUUCAAUGCAGCAGUCACUUGUGGGCAGAAGAUGUCUACAAACAGCACUGAGUCUAAGUUUCAUGUAGGAGGGAGAAGUAAAUUCGAUACAGGUCAUGAAGAGAGACUGCUUCGAGCUCGAAUGACGCAUCCCAUCGUACGUGAUAACUUAUCAGAUUAAGCUGAACUCCAGUUUGUCAGUUUUGGGGGGGGGGGGGGUGAUAAUGAUGCCUGCCUUGUCUUUUAUUUGGAAUUUUUAUAACGGCUAAACCAAAUGUCUGAUCACAUUUUAUCGAGAAACGUCAACAAUGUAGCUUUGCACACUGUAACAGUUAGUGUAUUUGCAUGGAGUAACUGCUCAACUAAUAUACAUGGCUUUAUUCUCUCAGACAUAACCUUUGUGGACUGAGGCGUUGAGGGGUGUAGAUCUGAUAGGAAAAGCUUCGACCAAAGUGGAUGUAGAUAUACACAGCUACACGUGCAAGACCAGCAAGUCACUGAAUUAGGGUGAGCAGAUCCACUUUGUAUGUGUUCUCCAUUCACCAUCAUGUCUUGAACAUCUGUUUAUCAUCUGCGCGUAGUGACACAACACAUGCUGGACAUUUUGCUUUUGUAGCAAACAGUUAUAGUAGUAAUAGUAGUUGUAGUAAUACCUCAGCAUUAGAUAUUAAAGUAUAAUACUGACCGAGACACGCUGGGGGUGGUGGUGGGGGGGUACCUUAAAAUGCAGUUCUCAUUAUUUGUAGUUGAAUAAUGAGGUUUUAUGUUAAAAUGGCAUCCAAACUACUUACUGUUUAACCGUCUCUGAGCUUAUAAAGAAUUAAGUACUCAUUUAUCAUCACUGGAUGUUUAGGGAUUUCAUCAAACUUGGCACCAAAGUUAUCCAACACUAUGCAGUUCGAUUAAAUGCUCAAAACGCUGCAAAAUAAUCAGGUUUUCAUGUAAUGAUAUUUUUUUUUAAAAAAAAAAUAUUUUUUUGCCAUUAAGCAGAAUUUUCAUAUUGCUAAUUUUGGUAAUAGAUACAUUUUUAAAUACUACUGCACUGUAAGUACUACUAUCUAUAAUAGUUUUUCUUGUCUGACUUGCCAAAGCAAAUGUGUUCCUUUUGAUUUCCACUGUGGAUGAUGUUAUCCAGGGGCUAGCACAUGGAUCUCUUUCUUCUUCCGUCGGGUGUCACGUUAGUUACUAUAUACAGCAUCAUGCGCUUGCUGUGCUGUAGGCUAGAGGUUUAACUGUAUAAAGACUCGACGCAUAUCCUGCUUUUAGUGAUCACAUAGCAUCUGCUGACAACGUAACAUUGACACGAUACUGCAGUGGAAGAGGAGGUUUGGAAGUAAUUUAUUAGAGAAACUCAUUAUUUAAGUAAGCUAGCUUAUGGGGCAUUUCAAAGCAAGUACCGCGGGACGAAACGACGACUUCUGUAGAGUAUUACGUCAACAGUACAACUUCUUUAUUACAGCAUACAUCAUCGUCGUCGUACCAAUCUACUGUAAACAUUAGUCUGUAACAGGAACGCUGUCCUGUUCGGGUCCGAUUUUGGGCGAUUUGUUAAACUAAAACUAGGACGCAAUAUUUCUCACAAAGGAGGAGUUUGCCUUAUUCGCAAUUUCUUGUGUUUACUCAUGCUUCAGGUUCACUUCAGUCCUGUCCAGGUAAUGUGUUCACGUGUCAUCUUGAGGGGAGGCGGGGGAAAGUCCCACCAGAAAAAUACCAAAGACUUCCUCAUAGUUAGUGUGUGAUGUAGCACAGCCAGCUCUGGUUUCUCCUUAGCAUCAACAAUACACUGUGUUCUAUCCCUUCAUAAUACAUAGGAGUAAUCUCAUACUGACACUUGGCAUUAUUCUUAACACUGAUUCUCAUGAGCUUUUUUCCCCAAAGUGAAUAUUUUCAAUAGUGUUUUUAAUGUGUUGUGGAUACAAAACCAAAGAUUCCUCUUUUCUUUAAUGCUUUGCUUACAAGUCCUGUUUUUUAAAAAUCUUUGAUCAGCAGGGUUUUUUUUUUUGUUUUUUUUUUUUUUUAAUUAAUAUAAAUCUUUUCCUAUACUUUUUCUACAGCAAUGAUUUCUGUGGAGGGUUGAAACAUUUCACUAUACUAGGAUACGAUUUAUGUUCACUAUCACUUUUACUGUACAGAAUGGGCUGAUUUUAAAAAAAAAAUAAUAAAAAGGAAAGAAAAAAGGGGUGUGUUCACAGUUCACAAAAUAAAUCAUUUACUGUUUAACUUGUGUGGAUUGGGGGGGGGGGUAUUUUACCGUACACUUAGGUCAUUAGGCAUUAAUGUUGUAGUCUACUGUGUUUGUCUAUUGGGUAGUUUUUUGUUUCUGUCAAUAUGGGAAAUAUUGUAGUUGUGUGUAUAUAUAUCAUUAAAAGUUUUUUGUUUUUAAUGUGUUAACACAA